AUGUCCCCCUGGAGUAGCUGUCUGAGUGGACCACCAGGGCUGGUGAGCCGCCUGCCGCCCCAAAGCUCGGCCCUGAGCCAGGGUGGCAGGGGCUCUGCGUCCACCGCCCGCAUGGAAGCCAGGAGCAGGGCUCCCGGGAGGUGGCCGUGCCCGCCCGCCAUCACGUUGCUGGCCCUCGCCCCUCUGCUCAGCUGCCUGCUGGCCUCCAGCGAAGCCAAGGUCUUCAGUCGCUGCGAGCUGGCCAGAGCGCUACAGGACUUCGGUCUGGAUGGCUACCGGGGGUACAGCCUGGCCGACUGGGUCUGCCUCGCUUAUUUCACCAGCGGCUUCAACACGGCCGCUGUGGACCAUGAGGCCGACGGAAGCACCAACAACGGCAUCUUCCAGAUCAGCAGCCGCAAGUGGUGCAAAAGCCUCACCCCACACGCCACUAACCGGUGCCGGAUGUACUGCUCUGACUUGUUGAACCCUAACCUCAAGGACACUGUUAUCUGUGCCAUGAAGAUAGCCCAAGAGCCCCAGGGUCUGGGUUACUGGGAGGCCUGGAGGCAUCACUGCCAGGGCAAGGACCUUGCUGACUGGGUGGAUGGCUGUGACUUGUAG